UCCAGCGAGAGCGAGCUCUGCAGCCAGGCAUUGUGAGAGCAGUUGGGAAAGAAAAUAGGAAGCAUCAGAUUUUGCUGUCCAUUCACCCGCUGACCAGGUUUCAAGAGCCACAGGCACCUGUGACCAGAAAACACCUGGAGAAUGACAAGGAAGAUCUUCACCAACACCAGGGAGCGAUGGAGGCAGCAAAAUGUCAACAGCGCCUUUGCCAAGCUGAGAAAACUCAUUCCCACCCACCCGCCAGACAAAAAACUGAGCAAGAAUGAGACACUCCGGUUAGCUAUGAGAUACAUCAACUUUCUUGUCAAGGUCCUGGGAGAGCCAGGCCUGCAGCAAACGGCAGUGGCAGCACGGGGCAGCAUCCUGGGCUUCUUCCAGCAAGCCCCACAUUUGCAAAGCAUGGAGGAGCUGACUCUGAUUGAAAACUGUGGUGUCUCCUCUCCUGGCAUGAGCAGCAAUAUAGUAGAAUGUUGGUCAGAAACGUCAUCUCCUUAG